AUGUCGCGUACCUUUGACCAGGUCGUCGAAGAGGAAAAGGCCUUCCACCGCGCCUCGGUGGCGCUCGAUGAGAUGCCGAGCUGCACCAACUGCUUCGACCGCUGGGCCUCGUGUUUUGCGCUCGGCCCGCAGAUCAAGUCCGUCUACCGCUUCGGCACGGGCCAGGACUGCAAGGACAAGCUCGACGACUUCAAGUUCUGCCUCACGCUCAAGGGCAUGUCGCAGGAGGAAAAGUACGAGGCGUGGAUCCACCGCAAGGCGCAAAAGUCGGCCACCAAGCGCCUGGGCCCGGAAAGCAGCGAAAACGUCUGGGAGAUCCGGAGAGACACCUCCGUCGACCAGGAGGCAGGCAGACAGUCUCAGCGCUUCACCGUCAGCUAG